UCCGGGUGCAUGUAUUAGAUAAAUGUCGGGAUGGUAGAGCGGAUCGCGUCGUGAGCACAAUUUGUCGGUAGGUGUGCGGACGGGGUGACAAAAAUCAGGCCCAGGUGGAACCUAGCAACGCAAUACGCGUGUGGACGCGAGGCUCGUCGCAGGAGGACCUGUAGCGCGCAGAAUUGUCGCCAGGAUGAAUGCCGUAACUAAAGCAUGAAUCUCGUGCCAUUGGCCACCUUCUCCUGAUUCGUCAAGACCCCAACUGAUUGGCUUGGCCACGUCGGUUUCAGCUGCACGUCCUUAAAUCGUCCUCGUGCAAUGCGGCACGCGGCAUCGCUUGCUUCACGUCGUCGUCAUCCCCGCACUUGUUAUAUCAGCCCCCUUGCCUGCAUUCGCUCGGUGUGUCCAUUGGUUUGUUUACACAGCGGCGUUGCGGUGGGUCGCUACGUCGGCCAUCUGUGUGACGCUUGUUGGUCUACCAAGCGUCGUUCUGUGUUCGCUUGAAGCGUGUUGUGGAGCUUUGGGUGUAGAAAGAAGUUGUGGGAGGUGGCACAGGUUUGCGAGGAUUUGGGGUGUGAUUGAUUCCAUCGGAGAUGACGACUUCCAAGAGGCUCGCAGAGAAGAAGAGUGCCAAGUUCCAGAAGAACGUGCACAGGAGGGGCAACGUGCCCGAGACGACGUUGAAGAAGAAGAACCAGUACCCCGUCGGACCGAUGGUUCUCGGCUUGUUUGUCUUCGUCGUUGUUGGGUCUUCCAUUAUUCAGAUCUUCAGGACUGCCACUAGCGGCGGCAUGGCUUGAGCGCGCGCGAACGGUUCACUGGGUAGCGUAGAACAUACGGAUGUAUCAGUUCUCUGGACCGUCCUUGAGGGGACCCUCACGGCAUGGCAGUAGAGGGUUCCGUCGGAGUGAUCGAUCGUUUGUAUCACAUUGCUGAGGUGCUGGCGCGAGGCUCUUGUACAUUUCGAUGCUUUCGAUCUAAGGUUGAUACUUCUUUAUGGUAAUUUAUUUGUGACGCUGAACUGGUUUUCUUUAUAAAAGUGGACUGAGUGUGCGUGAUUGGAUGGGUAUCUUUCUCCCACGUCACGUUUCUCAAGUUGUGCCUUGUUCUAUGUGAGUUGUAAUAUGUCGUGGGAGGUGAUGUGUCUGCGAGACUCUGGGGACUCGAGAGGCUCUGUUGAUCAUAAUUUAUGUUUGUCCUAGCGGAUUAUGGAGAAUUGAGUUCAAGGACUGGCGUAAUUUUA